CGCUGGGUUUCCCAAGAUGGCGAUGGUUACUUUUAUGCAGUGAACACUCUGCUGUCUUUAUCAUGUAUUUCUUCAACUUAUCUUAUAUAUUUUCGUGUUUAAUUGUCACAUUCGCCUGGCGAGGUUCGAAAUAUUUAUGAAUGCUGUCGGUGGUUAUCCGUUGCACCGUGAACGUGAAUCGUCAAAAAGUGACGACAAGGCAGUAACUCGGGCGACAGUUUCAAAUACCAUGUACAGAAAAGCUCAAUACCAUCAGUCCGUGUUCAGUUUUUUCUUGUUCAACUACUAUUACUAAUAAUUAAAUAGAUAAAUAAACUUCUACGUCGUUAAAUCGCGUAAAUAACUUAUAUACUUUUCUUCGAAAUUAAAUACAACUAUUUAAAAUGGCAGAAACACAAAGAAUGCCUGUGUAUGGUCGACAUCCUCCUUGUGCAACUGGGUCCCGUUUGGAAGAACGUAGAGCCCGAAGGCUCGCUUUGCGCUUGGAGAAAAAUCGAAAGCCAGAAAAACCCGAAGAUUUCGUAUGCUACGAAUCCAGCGACGAAGAAGAGGAAACUGUGACUGAAGGAAAACAGUAUUUGAGAACGUCCUUUAAUUUUGUGGAUUAUGUACGUGCUAGAGAAACGAAUUUAAAAGAAGUAAGAAAAAUCAACCAAGAAUAUGGCUCACGUCAUAUCCUAACCCACGACUUAUUCAAAGAAUAUUCGGUUAGUUUAAAUAAUAUGAAUAAAGUGUUCUGUUCGCAAUGGUUGAGCGACAGACAAGUUGUAUUCGGAACUAAAUGUAAUAAGCUAAUGGUGUAUGACGUCGCAACUCAAAAACUUGACCAAAUACCGUCGUUACAUGGGAGACAAACAAACCCAGCAGGUGCCGCUAUUCCUGAACAACAGUGCGGCAUUCACUCUGUACAAAUAAAUCCUUCGAGAACAUUAUUAUCUACGGGAGCAAGAAACAGCAACGAAAUAGCAAUAUAUAGACUACCUACUUUAGAUCCUGUUUGCGUGGGAGAAGGUGGUCACAGAGACUGGGUAUUUGACAUGUGUUGGUUGGACGACGAAUUCCUAGUUUCUGGAUCAAGAGACACUAAAAUGUCGCUAUGGCGGAUUGACAGUGACUUGGCAGAUGCCCCAGACAAGGCGGAAAUACCAACCCAUAGAUUAAUUCAGCCUGUAUGUGUUAAAGAAUGUCGAUCAGCUCAAAAGGUUCGAGCUUUGGCUUUUAAUAAGGCUUACAAGGAAAUAGCUGCCCUUUCCCUCAACAGCUUUAUUCAUAUUUGGUCAGCUGAAACAUUCAAGCAGAAGAUAUCAAGAAAGUUGCCGGCUUGUCAAGAAAAUGUUUGCCUGGCAGUUCAAGAUGACGGAGUUUACGCAGUUGGAUGUCGAUCGUACACGUUGUUGUUGGAUGCUCGAACAUUACAGCCUAUCAAAAAAAUACCAUCCAGGUAUAGCGGGUGCGGUAUACGAUCAGCUAGUUUCCAACGAUCCGUCUUAACAAUUGGAACAGGUCUUGGAAUGCUCAUGUUUUAUGAUGUCAGAGCACAAAAAUAUUUAGAAUCAUCUAUCAACUCAAAUAGAACGGUGGUCCUGAAAGCAUCAAAAGGUUACGUGUUUCCUGACGAAGAAUACAUGGACGGCUUCCAAAAUGUGAAAUAUACGCCAGCAAUAUAUACUCACUGUUACGACGCAUCUGGAACACGUCUUUUCACAGCUGGUGGUCCACUUCCAGCAAACCUUUAUGGGAACUAUGCUGGACUAUGGCAAUGAGUCCAAUUGUAUGACUUGGAAAGUAUUUCUGUACUAUUCCCUUAGAUAAAAUAUUUAUAAUGCAUAUUUACGACUUCCGGAUGUAUGUCAGUCUUUGCUGUCCGUAAACGGAAACUGUUGAUAUACUAGCGGAAUUUUCAGCUCGAUGGAUAUGUAAACUUAUAUUGUAGGAACAAUUGCCUAACUUGUACGUGACAUGAAAUAUACCGUGGCAUGUGAAGGACUCACAAUCUAGCUUUUAAUCUUAACUUAAUCACUGAAAAUCAGUGUUGAAAAAUUACAAGCUUACCAUCAUAUACGAGUUGUACAGUUUUAUCCACCUUAUAGUUCUACUUGCUUACAUCGUCAAUGAAUGGGCAAUUCCCACUGGCCAUGAGAUGUAAAGCUGAAAAAAUUAAUAACCCUUGAGUGGUAAACGUACAACCUACCUGGCAAUCGAAAGAAGAUUAAAAACAAUUUAAAACACAAAAUUUGAAUCUGGCUGAAUGCAUUUUUUCUCUACAUUUUAAUAUGUUUUAUCUUUCUUUGUAUACUGCGUAGAGCUCUGUUUAAAAAAUUCUCAAAAGCUAUUCCCAUUUCUGUUGCAUUCAGUACUUUUCGAUUUAUAAUAUUUAGUCAUAGUUAAUUAUGCUAAAAUCUUCUAAGAUAUUCAAUGUUCAGGCCACCUCUCUGUAACUCAAUAGGCUCUACUGAAUCUGUGGUUACUGAUGUUGAGUUACACGCAAUAGAUUGUCUGUUAUUAUACAUAAGAUAAUAUUAUGUAAGACUGUAAAAAUUAUCAUAUUAUACAUAUGCCAACGAUUAUAAGAAAAAAUGAGUGAUUAUUAGUAAAAUUAUUAUUUGAGCA